CUCGCAAGGAGAAGUCAGGAGAGAGAGAAUCUCGGCAUGCUGGUCUGGUCACCUAACCAGAAUCUGUCUGAAGCAAAAUUGGAUGAAUAUAUUGCCAUUGCUAAAGAGAAGCAUGGAUACAAUAUGGAGCAGGCCCUUGGGAUGCUGUUUUGGCACAAGCACAACAUUGAGAAGUCUUUGGCAGAUCUGCCAAACUUUACUCCGUUCCCAGAUGAGUGGACAGUGGAAGACAAGGUCUUGUUUGAACAAGCCUUCAGUUUCCAUGGGAAAACCUUUCACAGGAUCCAGCAAAUGCUUCCUGACAAAUCAAUAGCCAGCCUGGUGAAAUUUUACUACUCCUGGAAGAAGACAAGGACUAAAACUAGCGUGAUGGACCGUCAUGCUCGUAAACAAAAAAGGGAACGUGAGGAAAGUGAGGAUGAAAUGGAGGAAGCAAAUGGAAAUAACCCAAUUGAUAUUGAAGUUGAACAAAACAAAGAGAGCAAAAAGGAG